GCUCCACCCCCACCCCCACCGCCGCCUCUCCCCCUCCCCACAACCCCCAGCUCACCCCAUCCGCCUCCCAUCCUCCGCCUCUCACGCGCCAUCCUCGUUCCCGUUUUACCUCAUCGCGACAUCGCGCUCCUACUGCUAACCCCGUGCGCAGCAGUGUUGGCCAUUGGUUUCCGAGUCCAGGUCAGCAAAUAAGGAGAAUAUCGAGCACAUUUGACAACUCCUCAUAUUUUAUGAAAUGUCACUACUUAGUAGAUUCUUCUACAAGAGGCCUCCUGAUGGGUUGCUGGAAUUCAUUGAUAGGAUCUACGUUUUUGAUUCAUGCUUCUGCACUGAAGUUUUGCCGCAUGGAAUGUACCCAGUCUAUUUAAAUGGGAUUCUUACAGUGUUGCAUGAAGAACACACAGAGUCUUCUUUUUUGGCGAUUAACUUCAGAGAUGGGUAUAAGAGAAGCCAGCUUGCUGAUAUUCUGCAUGAAUACAAUAUUCCAGUAAUUGACUACCCACGUCAUUUUGAAGGCUGCCCAGUGCUUCCGCUGUCUCUUAUUCAUCAUUUCCUUCGUGUUUGUGAACACUGGUUAUCUACAGGGAACAGCCAAAAUAUUAUACUGCUCCAUUGUGAGAGGGGGGGCUGGCCAUCAUUGGCAUUUCUGUUAUCUUGUUUUCUUAUUUUCAAGAAGUUGCACAGUGCAGAAAAUAAGACUCUGGACAUUGUUUACCGCGAGGCCCCUAAAGGAUUUCUACAGCUUUUUUCUGCACUCAACCCAAUGCCGUCUCAGCUCCGAUAUAUGCAAUAUGUAGCCAGAAGAAAUAUUUCUCCAGAGUGGCCUCCAAUGGAGCGGGCACUCUCUUUGGAUUGUCUGAUUCUUCGAGCUAUUCCAAAUUUUGAUUCGGAUAAUGGAUGUAGGCCGUUAAUCCGAAUUUUUGGUAGAAAUCUUCUUGGCAAGAAUGCUAGCAUGACUGACAUGAUUUUCUCUAUGCCUAAGAAAAAGUCCUUGCGCCACUAUCGGCAGGAGGACUGCGAUGUGAUAAAAGUUGAUAUACAAUGUCCAGUCCAGGGAGAUGUUGUUUUGGAGUGCGUACAUCUUGAUCUUGAUCCAGAAAAGGAAGUAAUGAUGUUCCGGAUAAUGUUCAAUACUGCCUUUAUUCGUUCAAAUGUGCUGAUGCUUAACAUUGAUGAUGUCGAUAUACUAUGGGGCUCCAAAGAGCGGUACCCGAGGAAUUUCAGAGCAGAGGUGCUGUUUUGUGAAAUUGGGGGCAUGUCUCCUCCAAGGGCUCCAACAGCAACAUUGAACGGUGAUAUGAAAGGUGGCUUACCAAUUGAAGCCUUUUCGGCCGUUCAAGAACUCUUCAAUGGUGUUGAAUGGAUGGAAAACAGUGACAAUGCUGCUUUUUGGUUGCUCAAAGAAUUCUCAACAAACUCACUGCAAGAGAAAUUUCAAAAGCUAAUACUCAGCGACAUGAAAGAGCUUUCAAAGUUCCAAGCUAAAGUUGGCCUGCAGAUGCCAGUAAUGUCUCCACUGGAUUCUGAUGAAGAAAAAUAUUCUGUGGCUUCUGAUUCUAUUUCUUCAGCCGAUUAUGAGAAGGUUCAACAUGGCGGGAACUCAUCAGACUCCGAGAAUAUCGACCGUGCUCUUAGCACUGAAGAUUCAGACUCUAUCGCUACUUCCUCAGUGAACACUUCAUCUCCGCCUCAUGGAAGAUCUUCUAGCCUUUCAACUGAACAAAAUCUCCUGCCAGCAGAGCCACAGCAGGAGUUGCCAAAUAGCAGGCAGCCGCCGCCAUCAACUGAAAAUGGACACAAACCUGUUUCCUCAUUACUGGAGGCACCGACGGCAGCAAAUGGAAGCAAACCUAUUUUCUCAGCACCACCACCGCCGCCUCCGCCACCGCCACCGCCACCACCAAGUGGCGGCAAACCUGUCUUCUUGGCACCGCCGCUACCACCACCACAACCACCAAGUGGCACCAAACCUGUUUUGUUGCCAGUGCCACCGCUGCCGCCACCACCACCACCACCUCGGAUUAGUAAUGCAUCUUCCCCACAGCCUCCACCUCCACCUCCGCCACCCCUGCCAAAUUCUCAGACGGGAGCACCUCUAUCUGCACCAACCCUGCAGCCACAGCAAAAUGUUCCAUGUCAUCCAGUCCCACCCCCUCCACCUCCUCCACCCCAAGUUCACGGAAUAGCUAAAAAGUGCCCUCCGCCGCCUCCACCCCCACCCCGACCCCCUCCCUCUUCUAUAACAUCUGCAACUGCUGCUGCCACUCUGUCGAAAGCACCACCUCCGCCACCUCCACCUCCACCUGGUGCUCCAUCCCCACCCCCACCUCCACCAUUGCCUGCAGGUGCUGUUCAAAGAACUCCUCCAGCACCGCCACCUCCUCCCCUGAUGACAGGAAAGAAAGCUCCUGCACCUCCACCCCCUCCACCUCAAGCACCAAAACCUCCUGGAACUGUACCGCCUCCACCAACCUUGCCCAAAGGAACUGGUGAAUCAGGUCCACCAUAUCCCCCAAGCUCGAAGAUCGCAAAUGCACCUGCACCACCUCCAUUGGGAAGGGGAAGAGCAGCAAUUGGAUCGGUAAAAGGUCGUGGCAUUGGAUUGGCACAUCAGAGUAACCCCCCAAAGAAAGCUUCAUUAAAGCCUUUGCAUUGGGUGAAAGUUACACGAGCAAUGCAAGGAAGUCUCUGGGCGGAUGCCCAAAAUCAAGGGAAUCAGGCUAGGGCUCCUGAUAUUGAUUUAUCUGAGUUGGAGACCUUAUUUUCCACUGCCGUUGCAUCUAAUGCAAGUGAAAAAGGAGGAACAAAGCGUGGCUUAGCUACCAGCAAGCCAGAAAUUGUUCACCUGGUUGAUAUGCGAAGAGCAAAUAAUUGUGAGAUCAUGCUUACCAAAAUCAAAAUGCCACUUCCUGAUAUGAUUAGUGCAAUCUUGGCUUUGGAUACUUCUGUUCUUGAUAAUGACCAAGUGGAGAAUCUCAUUAAAUUUUGCCCUACAAAUGAAGAAAUCGAGAUGUUGAAGAACUAUAACGGCAACAAAGAAAUGCUUGGAAAGUGUGAACAGUUUUUCCUGGAGCUAAUGAAAGUUCCUCGCGUGGAGUCCAAACUUAGAGUUUUUGCUUUCAGAAUUGCAUUCUCAACACAGGCAGAUGAGCUAAGAACUAACUUAACCACCGUAAACGAUGCAACAAAGGAGGUGAAAGAGUCUCCGAAGUUACGGCAGAUAAUGCAGACUAUUCUCACAUUAGGGAAUGCAUUGAAUCAAGGAACAGCUCGAGGUUCUGCUGUUGGCUUCAGAUUAGAUAGUCUUCUUAAACUAUCGGACACUCGAGCUAGGAACAAUAAGAUGACACUGAUGCACUAUUUAUGCAAGCUUCUUGCUGAGAAAUUGCCUGAGCUUCUUGAUUUUGACAAAGACUUAAUUCAUCUGGAAGCAGCUUCUAAGAUCCAAUUGAAGGUUCUUGCUGAAGAAAUGCAAGCAAUAAACAAAGGUCUUGAGAAGGUUGAGCAGGAAUUAGCCGCUUCAGUGAAUGAUGGCGCAAUAUCUGUUGGCUUCCGUAAGGCAUUGAAAUGCUUUCUUGACUCGGCAGAAGCAGUGGUUAGGUCCCUCAUUUCCUUGUAUUCAGAAGUGGGAAGAAAUGCCGAUUCCCUAGCUCAAUAUUUUGGUGAAGAUCCAGCGCGCUGCCCUUUUGAGCAAGUUACGUCGAUUUUGGUUAUUUUUGUGAAUAUGUUCAAGAAAUCGCGUGAUGAAAAUGCUCGAACUGCGGAAGCUGAGAAAAAGAAAAUGGAAAAGGAGAAGGAAAAGGAAAAGGCAAGUAUAUCUGCGAAAUAAGGAUUAGAAUGUGGAUUCCAUCUUCGUUAGGUGAGAGCAUGUUCCAUGGUGGAGCUGGCUACACCAGAGCGCAAUUCUGCCUUUUGAUGCUCAAUGCAGUAUGCACAGAGGGAUGUCAGAAGUCUUGUUUGUUGGCUGGACUUCGUCCACUAAAAUGAAUGCAGGUUGCUCGCGGACUGCAAGAUAUGGCAACUUUUUGUGAUUUUAACUAGCGGGGAUCUCCGGCGAGGUCGCUGAUCUUGCUAUUGUAGUGUUGUAAAUAUAGCAGUUACUGAUAUAUAUAUAGCAGUCUUACAUGUACAUAAAGCUAGCCCAAUUCGGAACAAAGCAAAGAGCACAGCUGAUGUAGAAUUUUCUUGUAUUAUCAAGAAACAAAAGCAUAUGAGCCAUUCUUGUACGCUGAGUCAUCUAAGUGAGCUCUUACGAUGUAUUGCACAUCUUAUUAAUAUAUGCAGCAAUUGACUGAGGGUGUA